AAGUUUAGAAGGCAGCUAGCAAGAGAAGAGUGGAGGCAUUUCUUCCUCAGAGCUGUAACCAGGAAGACCCAUCAAACCAAAAUGAAGUUCAACAUUGAGAAUCCCACUACUGGUUGCCAGAAAAAGCUGGAAAUUGAUGAUGACCAGAAACUUCGAGCCUUUUUUGACAAGAGGAUCUCACAGGAAGUCAGCGGUGAUGCCCUGGGUGAGGAGUUUAAGGGCUAUGUAUUCAAGAUCAUGGGAGGCUGUGACAAGCAAGGUUUUCCAAUGAAGCAGGGUGUUCUCUCUCCUGGCCGUGUUCGCCUUUUGCUCCAAAGAGGUACCCCUGCUUCCAUGGGGUAUAGUAGAAGGAACGGAGAGCGUAGGAGGAAGUCCGUUCGGGGAUGCAUUGUUAGUCAGGACCUUUCAGUUCUGAACUUGAUUAUUGUUAAGAAGGGUGAAAAUGAUCUUCCUGGAUUGACUGACACUGAGAAGCCAAGAAUGAGGGGUCCGAAGAGAGCCUCAAAAAUCAGGAAGUUGUUCAACCUCUCCAAGGAGGAUGAUGUUCGGAAGUAUGUUAAUACAUACCGCCGAACCUUUACAACGAAAUCUGGUAAGAAAGCCAGCAAGGCCCCCAAAAUUCAGAGGUUGGUGACACCUUUGACCUUGCAGAGGAAGCGUGCCAGAAUUGCAGAGAAGAAGAAGAGAGUUGCAAAGGCCAAGGCAGAUGCUGCUGAGUACCAGAAGCUCCUUGCACAGAGGUUGAAGGAGCAGCGUGAGCGCAGGAGUGAGAGCUUGGGGAUACCUUUUUGGUAACCACCAGCAAACCAUCCAAUUGCAGCAACAGUUACUGGUUUAGAUAUGGCAGCACCAAAAUCUAAAUCAUGCGAAACUGCCUUUUAGCCGUUUUUGGCAGUUGAAUAUGUAAUGUAACACUCUCAAUGCGGGUGAUAUGAUCCCAUCCGAGGUAGAGUCAUCGGAGUGAUCUACACUAAAAAUUCAGGAAAAUUUAAAAUUUUUGUUAAUCCA